GGGAGCUGGGGGGAUGACAGGCCUCAAGCGUGUGCAUAAAGUGUACGCUUUGAAUGAGGCUUACGGGGAAGAUGCGAUAUCGGGUGAGGAGGCGGCGAGGGGAGAAUACGAUUCACGCAAUCGCACCACCAGCAUCUCAGUACCCAGAGGAUCUCUCCACGACUUCCGCCUGAAGAGGAACUACACGGUCGCUGCCGCCCACAAGCGGGUCCGGUCCAAGAAGUCAUCCCCCCAACAUGGUUCCUCCUUGUACCACCAGCAGCUGUCCAUGCCCAGUGAAUCUUUCCAGCAGCUGGCAGUGCCAGAGUAUGAGCAGCGGAGUGCCCAGCACAUCGAGUGUAUAGAGAAGGCCUUCGGCUCCAUGGACGUCAAACACAAGCUGGAUAAAACCAAGAAAAAGAAGAAUUCAGGGGAAGAACAGGCGCCCGUCGUGCUUCCAUUGCCAAGUUGCUCGGAAGAAGUAAUGAAAGUCAUCGGACUGGACUCAUCACUUGUGGAUAUGAUGCAGGAACAAAAGUUUCAGUUUGAAAAAAAUCUACGCGACGAAGAGCCAGAUUUCAUGAAUGACAAAAAUCUACGGGGCGACGAACCAGUAUUUCAGAGUAACGAUUCAGAACGCAACAACGAACUUGGCUACGUCACUGGUAUCGUUCACAAUUCGAGCAGAAUUCAUCACCAUGACAGAAAUGAACCAAAAUACCGAAGCCGUGACCAGCUACACGACUCAGAAAUGAUACCUGAAAAAGAUACCUCAGGUGCACAAGGGACAUACAAGACGUCGGAAAUUACGAGCCCUAACGUCGAUAUCGUGCAGAGGAUUGAGGAGAUCAAGGAAAGGAUUGACGUGCUGACGAAGGCCAAGGAAAAGGCGAUAAGCCAAAGGAAGACGUCGGAAAUCCGAACUCCGGUUGUGAAUAAAUCCUAGAUUUAUUGUAAUUUUCCCGUUACUAAUUAAGAAAAAAUGUUGAGAUGUAAGGAAUGUUUGAGAACUAAUUCUCAUACUAUAUAACGAGUUCUGGGAGGUGAAAAAUGGAGU